GCGAGCUCUGUCCUCCACGGGCAUGAGCGGCACGCUGCAAGGCGGCCGCUCUAGCCGCUCUUCUUGCACUCUGUGGUGCUUUUUCCGGAAGAGUGCGUCAGGGCUGUAACGUUCCCCGUGCCGGUAGCGUGCGACUUGUAACGCUCUCAGGAGCAGGGGCCCCCCAGCUGACCCCAGGGGCCACGGGCGCUCAGCCACCAUACACUCCGACCCAGGGGCCUCCUGUCACCGCGGGCAGCCGCCUGCUCGGCUAUUACUGGGUUACCCGUGACCCUCCCACCCUCCCCAUUACAUCCAUAGAGACCCUGAUAAUACCCCCCGCCCCGGCCUGUACUGGGUUAAUGAGCUCAGUGUAGACCCUGAUAAUACCCUAUUACUAAUACCCUCCCACCCAAUUACAUAUAGAAACCCUAAUAAUACCCCUUUACAUCUAUAGACCCUGGUUAUAGUCCGUCCCCCCCAGCCUGUACUGUGUUAAUGAGAGCUCAGUGUAGACCCUGAUUAUACCCCUCAUACCUACAGACCCUGAUUAUAGCCAGAGACCACCAGCUUGACCCCCAACUACAUCCACAGACCCUGAUUAUAGCCAGACCCCAAUUACUAAUCCCUCUCUCUCCCCCCCCCCUAUAUCUACAGACCCUGAUUAAGCCUUGACCCCCAUUACUAUCUCCCACUCCUCUCCAGACCCUGUGGAAGUCUAAUUCCUACAGACCUCAACCUUUCUAGAACUGUCUGAUUUCAAACUCUCCCCACGCUUCUCCCUCCUGCUUCCAAGUGCCCCCUAGUUUCUCCCUCCUGUCCUAACUCCCCUCCUUCUGCCCUCUGCCCGAUAUCUCAACCAGCCUCUCCUUCCUGUCCAAACUCUCUCCAAGCUUCUCCCUCCUGCCCUAACCCCCCCCACUUCUGCCUCUUGCCCCAGCUCUCAACCAGCCUCUCCUUCCUGUCCAAACUCUUCCCCAGCUACUCCCUCCUAUCACCAAGUGCCCCCUAGUUUCUCCCUCGUGUCUCUCCAGCUGUCCCCCAGCAUCUCCCACCUGUUUAACAGCUCUUCCCCCUUCUCUCCAACUGUCCUCCAGGUUCUCUCUCCUGUCUCCCAGCUCUCCUGCAACUUGUCCCUCCUUUCUCCAAUUCUCCACAUUAUCCAUUUUUGUCCCAACCCCUUCCAGCUUCUCACUCCUGUCUCAGAUUCUCUUGCUGUCCUGAUCCCUUUAUUUUAGUACACCUUCUCCUAGAGGUCUUCAACAUAUCACCCAGCUUUCUGCCAUCCUUUCUAAUUAAUUGGGCCUUAUAAGGACAUAGGAUAUCUGCUCCUGUGACUAGUUUAUUUAAUUUCUCAGAUUAUUUACUUCUACCCAAAGCUACACCUUUUCUGUUUUACAAAUAUGGCCUCUCAGAGAGGAAAAUCCAUGGACUUUGAGCAUAACUGUGUUUUGUGCUGUCAAGAGGUGGAAAUCUAUGCUGUCGGGAAGUGUGAUCACCCUAUCUGCUACCGCUGUUCUACUAAGAUGAGAGUAUUGUGUGAACAGAAGUACUGUGCUGUGUGCAGAGAGGAACUGGACAAAGUGAUCUUUGUUAAACAGCUUGCUCCCUUUUCAAGCCUCAACACACAACCAAUGCAUAGCGAGAAGAGGUAUGACAUCUACUCAAACGACGUAAAGAUCUUUGCCCAACUCAGGCGAUUGCUACAACAUGAAUGCACCUUAUGCCCUGAACUCCGACCGUUUCAUGCCUUCCCUGACCUAGAACAGCACAUGAGAAGGAACCACGAGCUCUUUUGUUGUAAACUGUGUGUAAAAUUCUUAAAGAAUUUUACCUAUGAGCGCAAGUGGUAUAACCGCAAAGACCUGGCUCGCCACCGCAUACACGGUGACCCAGAAGACACAUCUCACCGUGGGCAUCCACUCUGCAAGUUCUGCGAUGAACGUUAUCUGGACAAUGACGAGCUAUUGAAACACCUGCGACGGGACCACUAUUUUUGUCAUUUUUGUGACUCUGAUGGUGCCCAGGAAUACUACAGUGAUUACUCCUUCCUUCGUGAACAUUUUCGUGAGAGCCACUUUUUAUGCGAGGAGGAUAAUUGCAGGACUGAGCAGUUCACGCAUGCUUUCCGGUCUGAAAUAGACUACAAGGCACACAAGACAUCAUGUCACAGUAAGAGCCGCGCUGAAGCCAGGCAGAACCGGCAGAUUGACCUCCAGUUUAAUUAUGCUCCCCGACAUAAUCGCAGAAAUGAAGGAGGAGUUGUUGGAGGCGAGGAUUAUGAAGAGGUGGACAGGUUUAAUAGACAUGUAAGAGUCCCAAGAGGUGGAGCACGUGGAGGACAGCAGAACAGAAGGGGAAGUUGGCGGUAUAAAAGGGAAGAGGAAGAUCGGGAGGUUGCAGCAGCGGUGAGAGCAUCUGUAGCAGCCCGGCGUCAAGAGGAAACUGGAAGGAAGCAACCACUAGAAAGUCUGGAAAGCUCCAAGUACAGGAGGGAGGAGACACGGGAACCUGAGGAGGGACGAAAGACCAAACUAACCCCCAAACCUCCAGCUGACAAUGCAGGUAUCGUUUUCUUACUGGUACUUGUUUGUAAUUUUCCCCAAUUGUCUCUAGGCCCUAAAGAGACAGCGAAGGCGCAGAAUGUAUCCAAUGGUACUUUAACUGAGGAGGAUUUUCCUGUGUUUGGUUUUUUCACAGCUACCGCACCAUUGUUGAGCUCUGUAAAACCAGCACCAGUUAAACUGAAAGAAGAGGACUUUCCAAGUCUCUCAGUCGUUUCCACUUCAUCAUCCUCCUCCUCCCACACUACCUCAUCCUCCAGCACUUCCUCUGCUCCAGCCUUCUCCUCGGGACUCGCAUACACUGCAUCUACCAGGUCAUCAAACAGAUUCCAGGAAGAAGAUUUUCCAGCUUUGGUGUCCAAUCUACAAACGAACAGAACAAUGUCGUCUGUGACUUCUGCAUGGACUGCCAGCUCUUCCAAAAACCCCUCCAAGCCCACAGCCCCUAGUGUGACUUCUUCCAACAAAGCUGGGAAGAAGACUUCGCACCCCACCAUUAGUAAGCCAGCCUCUAAAAAAACAGCAAAAGUGUCUUCUCAUUCUGAAGAGGAGGAUGAUGGCAUUGGAAUCACUCAACAGGAAUUCCGGAAUGCCCCCACCAUGUUUGACAUCUCCAAACUGCUAACCACAUCACCGCUUCAAAGCUCUGCUAAGGUGGGCAAGAAGAAAAGAGUUGGGUCAGAGAAGCAAAACAACUCCAUCACAAGUCAACAAAUGUUUGACAAAUCUGGCAAUUCGUCCCUCAAGGAAAACGCUACAGAGAUUGAGCGCACGCCGACUCCGCCUGCCAGUACCAUCCUUGGUGAUAAAUCCAACACUGUGGCAAACGGGCCAACUGAAAAGAAGGCGUCAGAGAACAUCAAUAUCUUGAGUGAUCCACCUGGUUUCAAAAAAGCAGCGGUAUCUGGGCCUCAAUAUUCUUUACAAGAAGAAGAAUUCCCAGCCUUGGUGAACAAGAAUGUGUUUAGGUUGCCACCACCAGGUUUCUCUCCAGUUGUGACAGUAGCUCCUAUAGCACCACCCCCUGGUCUAUCGACAUCUGUUGGAAAACCACCUCCAGGCUUCAGCAAUAUCUCUCCCAUAACACAGCCCACCGAACCGCAAGCCAAACCGGUCAAAGAAUCAACGUUUUGCACGAGGGCCUACCUUGUACCCGAAAACUUUCAGCAACGGAACAUCUACCUGAUCAAUUCCAUCAAAGAUUUUCUAGACAGUGAUGAGUCAAGGUUCAAUGAGUUUAAAUCCCACUCCGGCAAAUUCAGACAGGGGCUUAUAUCUGCUUCGGAGUAUUAUAAAAGCUGCCGCACAUUACUCGGUGAGAACUUUAGUCUGAUCUUCAAUGAACUUUUAGUCCUCCUUCCUGACACGGCCAAACAGCAGGAGCUGCUCUCUGCUCACCGGGAUUCCUCUUCCGAAGACAAGUCUGUCUCCAACAAGUCCAAAAAGGGCAAGAAGGGAGCCUGGAAAACAGACUCCAACACUUCUGAUCUGGACUAUUCCACUUGUCCGAGUUGCAGCCAGGUGCUGUCCCCCAGGGAUGUUGGCUACCAUAAAACUUUGCACAUAGAGGAUAAUGAUUUCCCCUCUCUCCAGGCCAUCAGCAGAGUUAUCAGCUAAGUUCACUCUGCUCAGUGUGAGUCUACACUCAGUAGGAAGGAGAAUAAUACCAGUAAUGUCAAAGAGAUCUCAUGAUAGCCAAAACUGGCUGUGGUUUGCUGCCUGGCAGUACAAAGAUUAUUUCCGUUCUCCAUGCUCGGCGGCCAAAUUACAUUUCGAUAUAAUCAACGCAAAAGCUCUGAAAGUGAAGAGCUGGGCUGAGGGAUUUGACCUGCUUGGCAUCCGCCUGUACCAGGUUUUUACCAGGCACCCAAAGUAGAAUGAUUGAAAGUUUCAGUGCAGUGAUCUGAGUGGUAUUAAUAGGGCAAAAUAAAGAACCUCUAUUUAAAUGA